AUGGUGAGAGAGAAGCCUGCAUGGCUUGAAGGAUUAAUUGCUGAGACAUUCUUUGUUGUAUGCGGGUUCCAUGAGAAUCACAGGAAGAACGAGAAGAACGUAUUUUGCUUGGAGUGUUGUCUAAGCAUUUGUCCUCACUGCCUUCCUUCUCAUACCUCUCAUCCUCUCCUCCAGGUGAGACGGUAUGUUUACCAUGAUGUUGUUCGGUUGGAUGAUCUCGAGAAGCUCAUUGACUGUUCAUGCAUCCAGCCCUACACCAUAAAUAGUGCCAAGGUCCUGUUCCUGAAACAAAGACCACAGUCUAGGCCUUCCAAAUGCCCUUCAGACAUUUGCAGCACAUGUGAAAGGAUCCUUCAGGAGCCAUUCCAAUUCUGCUCUCUCUCCUGCAAGGUUGAUCACAUGGUGUCUGGAGGGGAAGAUCUUUCAGGCAUUAUAUACUACACCUUCGACAAAUCGCAUUUUUCAUACACCGAUGAGGUCGAGGGAUCACGAUCUGACGGCUGCUCAUCAUUUUGCAGUGAUGCCAUGGGCAGUUCACAUGGUUUCUUUGAUGCUGGGGGGCUGAAAAAGAAGAAAGGGAGUAGUCGCAUUCUUCCGGGGAUUCCUUCUCUGGGCAGCAAGAGGAAAGGAAAUCCCCAUAGGUCCCCAUUCUUCUAG